AUUAUGGUGUUACUAAAACGUUUUUCUAUUUCUAGGUUUUGUGGUAUUGACAGCGAUUACUUGUACAAAUUUGGCACAUGUUGGAAAUAAUCAUCAUAAGGCAAGAAUUACAAGGGAAGCAGAGAAAGGAGAUAAUUCACUGGAAAAUACUAACGCAUUCAUAGAAGAGAAACUAAUGCAUCAAAAUCAAGCACUAGAACACCUGAUCAUAGAAGUAGACAAAAGCAGCGAUAUGAUCAAAACGUUGAUUGAUACCCUAAGCAAGGGUCUGGAAAAACCAAACUUGCCUAUCAGAGUAGACCCUGGAGACGAAUCCCAAAACACAAAUAAACCAAGUAAUAGUAAUGAGGGUCAAGAUCAUCCCAUAGGAAGACAGGGUAAAGAGCAUGCUAUAGCAAGGCUUGGGAAAAAUCUACCAAAAUAUGGCAAACUUGCUAAAGAUUUGUUAGUAAAAGACGUGUAUACCGGAACAGAUCCAACACCUAUUGUAGAACAAAUAACUGAUGGACCUCUUUUACUACAGUCAAGACGGUCGAAUGGAGGUGAUCCCACGUUGGGCUCAGAUCCUCACAGCAAUGGUAUUAAGGUUAACCCCUGGUGUCCAAUGGCUUUGCUUUGCCCGAAAUCUGAAGACCCUAUUUGUGGGUUUGAUGACGAGUUUGGAUACGGAAAAUUCGAAAAUUUCUGUCAUCUUCUCCGCGUCAAUUGCUAUUGGAAAUACAAUUUUUCUAUUGUUAUUUCGUGCAGCCCAAAAUUAUAAGACAGACCACAUUGCAUCAAUGUUAUAAAAUCGCAAGACAGAAGUAAUCAGAUC